AUGGCCGCCCGCAGCAGCCCGAGAAAUUCCAAGUACGACAUCGACCGCAGGGUUAGCGAUUUAGUUCUUCGAGCACAGCCAGCCGAUAAUUUACUUGGCGAAAUAUUUAUUAUUCCUGAUUUUUAUUUUGAUAUUGCCGGUUUGGGAGCAUUACUCGCAGGACUUAAAACGAGCGCCGGCCGCACAAAGCGACAGCAUGAGCCAGCUGCGCAAAAAACAGUCGCUGUCCAUACUCGGGUCGUCAGCGAAAGCACGGGGCUAAUCAAAUUUGCGCUGCGCCAGAGUUCCGACAAGCACAACCCGGCCGACGACGCCGACAAGCACGGUCUGCCAAUCUACGUUCCAAUUGAGGAAAACGUCAAAGACGCCAACGGAAGGACACAAGAGCUGAACAGCCUGAUGUUCCAGCUCGCGUCGAAACAGCGCAAGGCGCUCGAAUUGAAGGAGGAGCUGGAGUCGGUCGAGGCAGAGGUCAGUCACCUGGAGCUGCAGUGUAGAAAACUGAUGGAUAUACCCGGGGAACGCAAGCUGGCAAAGAAACCGUCCCUGCUGAAUUUUGCUCCGCGGAGCCAGAAAGUCGGCCCGGAGCCCGGUACACAGCUGUCCAAGACACUCAACACAUUUACCAGCAGUCUGAGCAGCAACAUCAAUGCGAACGACCUGCUGAAUAAGGGAAAGACGUUUUUUGAGAACCUGAACAAAGAGAACGAGAAGUGGAUCUCGGACCUGCACAGCAGAGCGGCCAGCUUCAGGAACGAGGAGCGGCCGAUGCUCAGGAAGCUCAUGGGACAGAAAGCCGACAGCUCGCCGCUGCUCCCGAAGCUCAGGUCGUCUCUCGGCCUCUUCCACCCGUCCAGGCCGGACAGCGAGCCCGAGCUCUCGGACGAGGAGCUCUCCUUCGAGACACAUCCUUGCACCACAGACUACAGCUUAUCGGAGCGCAAACUAGACUGA